GUAGGAUCAAGUUGACCUGCGCCUUUCUCCAGCUGGGCUUUACAGUUUACAGACCUGCAGAACUAUGCAUAUAAUCAAUGCAUACAUGUUUUAAAUACUGUCUCAUAUUCUAUUUGCAUUCUUCUAUUUAGACUGAAAUCUUUUAAAGAUCUUUUUGAUAGAAAAUGCUUCAGAGAUAUUUCAAGCUAUUAAAUUCGGUAAAACAGUUCUUUAUGAAAAGGAAAGCUGGAAUUUAAAAACACGCCGAAUGUUGUCAAGCAUUAAAUAAUAAUUUUGAAACAGAGUAUAUAUGCUACAGGUUUAGAAUGUGAAGUAAAGUUAUGAAAGUUAAGAAAGUUAAGAAGUAGACUGGUGUGAACUCAACGGAGCAAAGUCUAACAAAAACCCGAGCUAAUUUAUCUCUAACAGAAUGAAAACAUAUCCGUUAAAAAGUGUCGCUAAGAUUGAAAUGUGAAAAUUGUUCAAAUUAUGAACAUGAAUAUUCAACUCCGUGAAUGUGAAAAUAAAAUGCAGAAAACUAACCUAUACUCCGUCUGAAAAUGCUUACAAGGAAAUCUGUGUUGAAAUCUUGUCUGAGAUCUCUGCAUUGAGAAGAACUUAUGAUGUUGUGUGUGUACAUGAUACUAUUAAUGGUGUACGGAGAGGAGGGUCUGGGGGCCAGGAACAGCAGGAUUGUCAGGGUUAAGCAGGGUAAACUCCAGGGUAUAGUAGUUGUACCUGCGUCCUCAAGUUUGGGACCUGUAGAGUCGUACUUAGGGGUUCCAUACGCAGGGGCCCCUGUGGGGCGUUUGAGAUUUAUGCCCCCUAGUGCACCUCUCUCCUGGCCCCAGGAAGUUGUUAGAAAAGUUGAUGAAUACGGACCUGUUUGUCCACAAAUAGUUCCAGAUCUAUCCAAGGAGAAGGAAGCUCUCAGAUAUAUGACUGUUGGUCGAAUGAACUAUUUAAAGAAGCUGUUUAAAUAUCUUCAAAAGAAUCAGAGUGAAGACUGUUUAUAUCUAAACAUCUACACUCCAGAGAAACUGGCAGUGUCGAGUUAUCCCCGUAAGCUGCCUGUGAUAGUAUUUGUACACGGAGAGAGUUAUGAAUGGAACUCUGGUAAUCCUUAUGAUGGGAGUGUACUAGCCAGCUACGGACAGGUAGUUGUGGUUACCCUAAACUAUAGACUGGGGUUUCUUGGUUUCCUCAAAACAGAAGAGAGAGGGAUGGGUAACUUUGGUUUACUAGAUAUACUUGCAGCUUUACACUGGAUACAGGAGAACAUUUCUCAGUUUGGAGGAGACAGUGAAAGUGUAACCUUGAUGGGUCAAGGUACAGGAGCAGCUUUAACAUCACUUCUCCUACUCUCCCCAGUAUCCCAGAGGAGCCCUCUGUUUAAGCGAGCAAUCCUGAUGUCAGGUUCGAGUUUGGCAAAAUCUGCAAUAGUAAGAGAUCCAAGAGAUAUAACAAGACAGGUAGCCGAUGAGACGAACUGUCCAAUCCAGUCUGGUCUUCUAGCUGAAUGUUUGAGGGAGAAGGAUGUGAGAACUAUAUUAAACCUCCAGAUAAAAACCCCGGCUUACAGCACCCCUGUAGGUCCUUAUGUGGAUGGGUUUAUCAUUCCAAAACUUCCUUCUCAGCUCAUCCAUGAUUACGUACCUAAAUUUGAUCUGAUGUUUGGAAUGACUGAGUCCGAGUCUUUUCACCUCUUCCCUGCUUAUACUGUCAGUUAUGGAGUUUCAGAAUCCGAGAAAGCCGAAAUAUUGAGAACAAUGUUAAGAACAGAAUUUGAUACUUUUGGACAAAAUCUGGAACAAAUAGUCCAGACGGUGGAAAACGAAUACAGAGACAUCUACCAAACAAGAGAGGAUAAACUGGUAAACUUGAGAGUGCUUCUUGAAAUAUUUAGCGAUGCAAGGGUUGUUGCACCGCUGAUGAAAACUGCAGAAUUGCAUUCAAACAACGAAAAGGGAUCUUACCUCUACCUGUUUAAUCAUACAACAGAGCAGGGUUAUUAUCCCAGAGAGUUUGGGUCAACUCAUGGAGAAGAACUUGCAUACGUUCUUGGUAUGCCGCUAGUUGGCGGUACCUACCAUUUUGUCCAUAACUAUUCUGAUGAGGAGAAGAAUUUAUCCCAGCAUGUAAUGAGCUUUUGGGUCAACUUUGCCAAAACAGGAAAUCCUGGAUCCAGAUCAUCCUACCGUGGUAGCACUGAUUCUCGAGUACUGUACUGGCCACCUUUUGAUCCAACCCAGAAGAAGUAUAUUGUGCUUGGAACAAACUCACAGAUUUCUUCCCACUACAAACCUCAGAAAAUGGCAGUUUGGAACAAGAUUAUUCCAGAUUUAGUUGAUAGCUUUCUUGAAUCCACAGCAAUUGAUAGAUCAGAAAAUAAAGACCUAGGCCAGGGUUCGAAUGCAGUUGGACAAAUUAAUAAUUUUGAGGAAAAUUUCCGAGAAAAGACAAAUAAUGAUAUCGAGACAAAGAGCUCCGGGGGUAUAUUCUCUGAUAAAAACCUUCCUGUCAGCCUCAUUGUUAUCAUAGGAUUAGUGCUUUUGUUGUUAAAUUUAUCCGCUUGCUCCGGAGUUUAUUAUCAAAGGCAACGGGUUCGCAGGAGGGAAGAGAACUUGGAGAGAAAGAUAAAACGAUUAUCUGAUGCGGGAUUCAGACAUGAAGAACUCUCAGGAAAUGGAAUGUCAAUCCAGAACUCUAAGGAGGAAUUAUCCAACUUUAAUUUUCCUCGAUCAGAAAAUAAUUCUUUAAAACGUGCACACUUUCAACAGCCCAGAUCGAAUUCUGUAAAAGAAGGUGGCACAGAUACUCUUGUUCUAAAAAGCGCACUAAAGAAACCCCCAGAAGCUGGGAACCGAGUUUUGUAUACAGAUCAAUCAUUUACAGAGGCAGCAUACCCAUCCUUGUCAAGAACCUCGAAGUCAAUUCCAAACAUCAGCUUUAAUGAGAGUGUAGACAAUUCAGAUGUUAUACGACCUAUUUCACGGAGCUCAAAUCCUCUAAGUCCUGACCUCAAGUUAGGUCCAGGACAUAGGUCAGGACCUGAUCUUUUGGUCUAUUAUGAUACAAGGCCUGAUGAUGAUUACGAAUCUAAAGAUGGUGCCAACAAGCAAAAAACUGGAUCGCUAUCAAGAAAGCUACCAGGCUUUUUAAAGAUGCGGGGCAAGGACGACAAGGUUGCCCCGCCAAUAAUAGAGAUGGUUCCAAUGUCUGUUCCAUCAACUUACCAGUUCCCAUCCAGGCCCAAUUCAAAUUGCUUGGACCCUAUUUAUUCAUCAAGACCUCACUUUCAUAGGCCUCCACUUCCUUUAGUAUCAGCACAGUACGGAAUAACGUAUCCCAACUAUAACCCUGGGGAAGCUAUGUACCCUCCUGGUCAUCAGUAUUUGCCCCUAGGACCUAGGCUUAGUACCCCUAGACCACAGGGAACUCCAGUUCUAACUACGCCUAGACCUCCCACACACGCUAUGCUAACCAGACAGGGGUCUCUACAAAGUGGAAAGGUUCAUGGGUUUGAAGUUGGGCAUCCAUCCACGCUUCCUAGACAGCCGUCAGGCCAUCAAGGUGAUGGACUAAUCUAUGGAUAUAUGAUACCAGCCAACCGUAGUUCAGGGCCGCCAAAUCUCAACAGAACACUGUCUGUCGAUAAUUCAUGGAACAGAAUGUCCGGUGGGAAACCACCAGUUUCUAACACAGUAGAUCAGACAGGAGACAGGAAUCCUCUUCAAAUAAACAAUUUUGGAAAUAGACAAUCUAUAAUGGAUUCUGGACAUAUACAAUCCAUUGCGGAUUCUAGGAUUCCAGAUCAUAGAAUUUCAAGUGUGGAUCCUUACCACUUAUCAGACAAUUAUUCCUCCAGAACCAUGUUUUCACAAGGACACCCUGUAACCAGUAGACCUGAAAAUGUGAUUACCACAAGAGCAUUCUGUGUGGAACAUCCUUUAAAGUUGUCAGCAGAAUCUCAAACUGAAAUCCAGAAAAAUAAUCAGACAGUAUUAAAAAGUGAAUUAUGCCAACCCAGUGAAUCGGCCUCAAAUAAUAAAAGCGAAGACUUAAAAAUUGACGAAAAUGCAUCUACAACUACAAGUAAGCCAAGUUCCCCUGAUAGUGAUCAAAGAUCAGUUAAAGAUAACUCAUCAGACUCAAAUGAAAAAAGCUCUCCAACGGGCCAAGUGAUUAGUUCUAGAAAUUUUGACUCUAAGAUCUCAACUUCUGUAGCUCCCAGUUCUAAAUCUGCUGAACUGCCAACUGUACUCGGAGCUACUCCUAUAUUAAGGAAGGUAGGAGAGAAAACCCCUCCUGGAACCUUGACCAGGAAUAAAUCAAAUUCAAGCUGUAAAUCCUGGUACAGUCAAUACUCUCAAGCUUUUCUUUCUAAAACUAUAGAUACUCCGGUUGAAGACCUCCCCCCUCUAGGAGAUGAAGACUUUCUAGAGGAUGAUGAUUCAAGUUCAAGUGAGGCCAGUGAACCCUCCAGGGACAGUCAAAAGUAAUCAGGCCCCAAGCCAGUGAUUUACCCACAGCCAAUCUAAGAUUGUUAACCAUUAAUUUCAAAACCUCUAUAAAAUGUCGUCUUAUACUGGAAUCUCCUGUCGGAGACAGCCAAACCAA